AUGAAGAACCUGCUAACAAGCACACAGUGCCUGAAUCACCGCAAAUCACUACCCAGAAGAUCUGUUGAGAAGGUGAACAAAUGCAUUCAGGUUGACAUGGACUUGGAAGUGGAGAAUCCUAGUAUAGAUUUGACUCUUUUUCCAAAAAUCAGCCUUUCCAAGAAGCCUCAGCAACGUCCAGGGAACACGUCACCACCCCAGCAAGGUGUCUCCUCACCUUCCCAAGGGCAGCCUGCUAUGCCAGCUCUGCUACCAUUGCUUCCACCAUCUCCAUUCCUUCCUCCUAGGUGUAAGAUUCCUCCCCCACCCCUUCUCAUGCCUGGCAUAAAUGCACCAUCACUCCCACCUCCCCAGCUCUGCAGUAAUCCUGAGUGCAGCCAUUUUACUUGUGGAUACAGCAAGCAGCCCUGCCCUAAGAAGACACCGAAGCUAAGGAUGAAGGUGUUUCACUGGCAGAAGCUCCCCUCUGACGUGGUGAGACAAAGCCGCUCCAUGUGGGCUGUGGUACCAAAUGGCAGCAAGGAGCUUGUAGAGCCUGACUACACAAGCUUGGAGCUACUUUUCUGUGCCUCACCAACAAAACCAAGGGAGACAAGACCAGCAAAGAAGUCAAAACAGGUCACAUUCAUUAGUCCAAAGAAAAGUCUCCUUCUGAGUAUAUUUCUGAAGCAAUUUAAGUGCUCCAAUGAAGAGAUUGCUAACAUGAUUCAGAAAGGGGACAGAUCCAGGUUUGAUGCUGGGAUACUGAAACAGCUACUUAAACUGCUGCCUGAAAGCCAUGAGAUAAACAAACUGAAAUCUUGCAAAGAAGAAAGGUCAGAACUAACAAAUGCAGACCAGUUUUAUCUCCAUCUCUUGGAGGUUCCUAGCUACCAGUUGCGAAUUGAAUGUAUGCUGAUUUGUGAGGAAACACAAAUUCUUCUGCAGUGUCUGUGGCCAAAAGCACAAGCCAUCAGGACAGCUUGUGAAACACUUCUUACCAGUCGUCGACUGCCGGUUUUCUGUCAGUUGAUUCUUAAAGUUGGAAACUUUCUCAACUAUGGGCAUCACACUGGAGAUGCUGGAGGUUUUAAAAUCAGUGCCUUGCUCAAACUAACAGAUACAAAAGCAAACCAAAGCCACAUUACUCUGCUUCACCACAUUUUGGAGGAGGUUGAAAAAAACCACAAUGACCUGCUGCAGCUUCCCAGAGAUCUUGACUUUGUUUCCAAGGCAGCAGGGUUCCACUUUGACGCUAUGCGGGCUGAAGCAGGUGACAAUCUGAAGAAACUGCUGGAAAUAGAGAAGCGUUUAUUUUUGUCAACAGAGGAUUUAAAAAUACAGCACACAAAACUUGUUCAAAGCAGUGUCAGUGCUUCAAAGGACCUGCAGGAGGAGUUGGCCAACAUCGAAAAGAAGAAAGAAGAACUAGCUGACUAUCUUUGUGAAGACCGAAAAAAAAUGUCCUUGGAAGAUGUAUUUAACACAAUGAAAACCUUCAGGGAACUCUUCCUCAAGGCCUUGCAGGUGGUUUGCAUUUGUGACUGUUUAGAAAUGGAUAACUUUUCUUAG